AAGGAGUCGGACUGCGAGGGGCAUAGGGGGAGGGAUAAGAUGGCGUUGCCCGUGAUGCGAAGUUGGACGUAUUGGGCCCCCGGGCAGCUGGUGUCUCUCUGCCGUCGUGGUAUCGGCUGCGUGAAGCUGACCGCAAUUUCAGCAGUCCACCCUCCACCUAUCUUCCCGCAUCGUCCUGCGACGCUCGUUAGCUGUAGGCUGUUCAGCUCAGAGCGGGAAGGCCCGUCGCACAGGCCAAAUAAGAAGGUGUUAGUGGUCGGUAUCCCGAACCCGUUCAUAUGGUUCCGAACUCGUAUUUACUACUUUCUGAUCCGGGCGUACUUUGACAAGGAAUUCAACAUACACGAGUUCACGGACGGAGCCAAGCAGGCAUUUUCCCAUGUCUCCAGGCUUCUGUCCCACUGUAAGUUUGAUGCCCUGGAAGGAUUGGUGGCAAGGGAUUUGUUGGAAAAGCUGCAAGACAAGUGCUCCCUCCUCCCUCUGAGCCACAAGCAGGCACUGGCUGCAGAACCUGAUGACAUCAUGUACCUCACCCCUGGAGACGUUGGCAUUUACUAUGAUGACAAUGGGCGAAAGUUUGUCAGUAUCCUGAUGCGAUUCUGGUACCUGACAAAUGCUCGGCUGCCCGAGGAGACUCCGGAGGGAACCCGUGUCUUCCAGGUGGCCUUUGGGGAAGAAGGCGGGCAAGAGACAAAGCAAUUGCUCACAGCCAAUUAUGAGUUCCAGAGGGAAUUCACUCAGGGAGUGCAGCCUGACUGGACCAUCACAAGGAUAGAGCACUCCAAACUACUGGACUGAAUGAUGCAGUGAGAGGGCCCCAAAAAAGGUUGGGGAUAUCUCUGCAUCUCUAACAUAAACAGUUGCCAUGGGGCCCUACACUGCAAUACAUCCCAGUGCUGUGUUUCUAAUGGGGUAGCCACUUUUCAACAAGUGGCCCCCGUCCAGAGCCAAGAGUCGCUUCCUCUAUUCAACAAUGGAUCAGGCCUUGGCUGCUUACUGCUGGAGGAGACAGUGUUCUGUGCUGCUGCAUCUGCAACCUCUUUCCACUAGCUUUAACUUUAUUCCCCACAUUCCUCACCUGUGAGGGUUUGGGAACACCGGAAAGGGUCUGGGGGUUGUACUGCUAGGUUACGGUCAUCUGUCCUACUUAAGAAACUGACACUGGCCUCUUCAGGCAGAUUUCAACCGGUUAAGUUACAGUUAUUACAUUGUUCUGGUUUAGCAGAAGAUAAAUGGAUAAUGUUAAACACUGCUUUUCGAUGGACUCUGGUAUCUGAGCAGUACAGGCCAGCAUUUACUUUAGAGCAAAUUUCAUGCUCCCAACCACAACUGAAACAAUUGCAGAGGGCUAGGUUGGGAAAUAGGGAAAUAUUGUACAUUAUGUGGACAGGUGCCUCCGCCAUUAGUUUGUUUAUAUUUUUCACUAUACUGGAUAAUUGUUUCAACAAUUUUAUGGAAAUUAUGGUACUUUUUAAAAUGUCCAUUAUAAUUAGUAUUUAUAUCCCUAAAGUAUCAUGUAAAUGCAGUGUUUGGAAGUUUGGUGGGGUUUUCUUGAGUUAGUCAAUCAGACUGCACUACACUACCGUAGCACCUUCCUUCUUCUCGUAGCUGGAGGCAGCAGUUUCAGGACCGCUGAUGGGGGGGAGGAAUGAAACAGUGCAAAUUCCCAACUGAAGUGUAAAAUAUACAUGCAGAUUGUCUGAAAUAAACUUCUUUUGACUUACACAUCUGAUGGAGUCUGAAUAUGGUAUAGGCAGAGCUGGUUUUCCAUAGCUGGCAGGACAUUUCCAAAUGAGAAACUACAGGUAGUCCUCAUCAGGGCUCUGACAAGUCCCUGGGGACUGGGGAAAGUGGUCAGGGACCAAGGUUUGGCUAAGGAUAAAGGUGAGCAAUAGGAACACAACUGGGUCAUAGUUUGGGGUGUGGAUUUGAGUUCGCGUGAUGGGUGGGAUUUGGAUUAAUACUAAAUUGAGGUGGGGCGUUUGAAUUAGGAGUAAAACUAAUUUUAUGGCUGGAGACAAGAAAUUGCUUGGAGCCAUAGGGUUUGAGUUCUAGUAAAAGGUUAGGAUGUAGGGGUUAGGGGCACAGUUUUCAGUUGUGCUCAUAGAACAAAGUCUUCUUUGUAAGAUGAGAGUCAGUGAUGCUAGUAAUUGGUCCCAGAAUAAUCUGAAGCCCCGAGGAGGGCCUGUAGUAGAUUGUUCUCUGCUGUCCCCAGUGGUCAGUGACUUGUUUGCCACUCUUUAUCUGGAACUGUACAGAGACCCCUGCUGCGUGAAUGGACAGGAGGGCCAGUUGCUCCUGUGACAAUAACAAAUAUGCAGUAGGUACACACAAACAUGAAUUAUUUAAUCUUUGUAUUGAUUUUUUUUAAUGUCCAAUUCCAAAUGACAGAGCUGUAAAGGACACUCUAAUGGUUGGUGUUUAAUUUUUAAUAUACACUGAAGAAAAACAUUUUCUAGUUAAAUUUGGAGACUAUUCUUUGAACAAAGAUUUGAAUAAAUGUCUUCUUUUGUAUAAUGCAUCUAUUAAAAUAAACUUGAGUUUCUUGUUUGCUGUG